UGUUUCUAGAAGGAAGCAGCGCACGGAUGUCUCCAUCUUCCCCGGGUCCGGGCGGGGUUUUCUGAUGGGUGUGGCUGCAUGUACUGGGAAGUUUCUCCCUCAACCGGUUGUUCACGUUGAGUGGACAUGACUUCUACAACUCCGAGGGGCAUGGGCGUAAAGUAAACAGUGGUGUUUUCUUUUGGUUGACCGGUCUGUGUGAGGACAUCACAGUUCCUGGGGAGGACAUACUGCACACACACUGAAGGUUUUAAUGCAACUUUUCCCAGAGCAAUGGGCUUCCUGCAGCUGCUGAAAUCCCAGUUCUUGUGCCAUCUGGUCAUCUGCUACGUGUUCCUGGUCAGUGGCCUCAUCAUCAACCUUCUGCAGCUCUGUACUCUGCCUCUGUGGCUGGUCAGUAAACAGCUGGCCAGAAGGGUCAACAUCAGACUGGCCUACUGCAUCGCCAGCCAGUUGGUGGCAGCCUUGGAGUGGUGGUCUGGGACAGAAUGCACUCUCUACACCGAUCCAGAGAAUUAUCCACUGUAUGGAAAUGAGAAGGCCAUCGUGGUUCUGAAUCAUAGUUUUGAGAUUGACUUCCUGUGUGGCUGGACCUUCUGUGAAAGAUUCGGUGUCCUUGGGAGUUCGAAAGUAUUAGCCAAAAAAGAGUUGGCUUAUGUUCCAAUAAUUGGUUGGAUGUGGUACUUCCUGGAGAUCGUGUUCUGUAAGAGGAAAUGGGAGGAGGACCGGAGGACAGUGGCGCAGAGUCUCCAGAACCUGCAUGAUUACCCGGAAAAUUACUGGUUCUUGCUUUUCUGUGAAGGAACACGCCUCACACCAAAGAAGCACCAGGUCAGCAUGCAGGUGGCUGAGAGCAAAGGUCUGCCCAAACUCAAGUAUCAUCUUCUGCCCAGGACCAAAGGAUUUUGGAUAACUGUCCAAAACCUCAGGGGAACUGUUGCGGCUGUCUAUGAUUCCACACUGAACUUCAGAAACAAUCAGGUGCCGACCCUGCUUGGGAUUUUAAAUGGGAAGAAAUAUCAUGCAGAUUUAUAUGUGAGGAGGAUCCCUUUAGAGCUGAUCCCAGAAGAUGAGGCAGAGUGCGCCGCUUGGCUCCACCAUCUCUACCAGGAAAAGGACAGCUUUCAGGAGCAUUAUGCAAAGACGAGCCGUUUCCCUGGUCCCACCGUGAGCCCUCCACGCCGACCUUGGACCUUAAUCAACUGGCUGUUCUGGUGCUGCUUGCUCCUCUACCCUCUAGGCCUGCUCCUCACUCAACUCAUCAGCUCUGGAUCCGUGCUUACCAUCGUAGUGUCUGUGGCUCUCUGCACGGCAGCUUCACUUGGCGUUCGUUGGAUGAUUGGCCAGACUGAGAUUAACAAAGGGUCGAGCUAUGGAAAUAAGGAGGCUCCGCUAAAUAACAACUAAGUGACCAUGACUUGACUGACUCAGGGCUGCUUCCUUGCGUCACUGCUAAUCUACAGGCACCAGUCUGACGUGAUCCUGCUGGUUCAACAAGUGCGAACUUGCAUCGUUGCACAAAUCAAACAGGGCUGUUUUGUUUUAAUGCUAAUGCUGCACAAGCUCAACUUUCCAAAUCAUGAAAGAGGACAGUGUUGAGCAGCCUCCUUUGAAAAGGUUACAGCGCGAUCACAUCCCAAAGAUGAGAAAUGGCUUUACUACAUUUCAUUAUAGAAAGAUGGUCAAGACUGUGUAUUUACAUACAAAAAAAAUUGAUUGAGAAGUGUUUACAGUAAACGCAGCAAAAGACCAGAAGGUGUGGUGUGCGUCAGUGUCAGUGUGUGUGAAUGUUUUGUGUGUUCAGCAGCAGAGAGGGAGAGGGGGAGUAGGCCUUAUUUAUAAACCAAGUAAGCUACACUGUUGUCACAGGGACAGCGCUUCACCAGCAAACUCCAUUAAAAGCCUCACCUUGUCAUGUAUUCCACAAAGCUAAAAGCAAAAAUGGCAAGUGAUAAGUAACAGUAUAUACACAGCAAUCGCAAUAAAUAGAUUGCACUGUAGUGCAGGCAAAUCACCACACACGAGACCCAUGCAUCGUCCACAAUGCAUCCUUUGUAAAGUGCAGUUACAGUGCAUUUCAGUCUGACUCCUCCCUCGCUCCCUUUAGCUCUUUAACAAACUCCAGUCUCCUCCCGCUGCUCGUCUUUGACCCUUGUCCUCUGCUGAUACAAACUGCUGAUACACAAAAUUAAGCUGUCAGGAGUCACAUCGCAUACGACACAAGAACUAAAUUCAUCCAGUUCACACAUGGCACCAGUGUGGUUGGGAUGUUGACGGACCGAACCCGUCACCCAGCUCACUCAGGUCUGCAAAAGGACAAAUAUAUUGCAAUAGUUAUUAGGAAGACUGACAACAUGAUAUGUAAAUUAUUUUUGAUAUCGUAUGAUUAUCUUAUGAUAUCCUUCCCUUUUCCCUGAUCCUCCCAACCUGUAACUGAACAUUUCAGUCAUUACCGACAGGAAUUUCUUUUUUGUUUUGUUUCCCCUAAGCUAUUAAGAAAAUUGAUGUGAUUUCUGCUUUUUUACCAUAACAAAUGUUGUGAGCCUGAGUGUGAAUUAAAUAAUGCUUUAGCUCA